AUGAGCCCUUUUCCUAGGAUUUUGUCACGUCUCACAUCGAAAGAUCCUGACGCUAUUGCUGGUCGAUCUCCUCUGCCACCGCCAGGUCCUUUCGUGACCCCCACUCUUGGUCAACAGCUAUCUGGUAUCCAACCGAAAUUCGCAGCCCUUCAUCAGCCAGGAAAGAUGUCGAGUAUGUUUGCGGAUGUUUCCGACCCCUCAUCAUCCUCCGAUGCUCCACCUGAGAAGAAACCUGCUAUGGAAGAAACUGUGACGUCUAAAUCGGCAGUUGAUGAAGAAACCCCUAUGGAUCUCUCUGCACCAGCACAAGCACCAGUGGCAGAUAAGCCGGAAGAGAAGGCGGAAAAUACACAAGAAGUCACCACUGAGUAA